CUCGAUCCGCGCGCGAUCAAAACCUUCCCUCGGCUUCAUUCUCCACGCUCGAACGUUUACACACUGCGCGCGUCGGUGUAGGCGUCGCGACGCCUCGCGCCGACGUGCUCCUCUCGCCCUCUCCUCCUCCCCGCCCGUGUUUCGCCCGUUGAAUCCAGCACGUGGCUUCAAAGGGAAGAUAUACGGCGGGGUGGCCGCCUGUUCCCGGCCAAACGGCGACGACCCUCGCUCGUCGUCGCUCGUUCUCGCGCGCGCGAUUUCGAGAAUCCGCUCGCUCGUACGGCGGAGGAGUCGAUCGUCCGCGCCGCGGGAGCGCCAGAAGAGCAGUGGGUACCGGAAAACGGCAGCAAUUUUGUUCAACGCCGCCAACUUCCGUCGCGAUCCUCUUCCGCGGAUCAACGUGCGUGAACGAAAAGAAACGCCACUUUUUUCUCUUUUUGGUGUACCACAAUUCGUGUACCACAAUGUUCGGGGAGAAUUGAAGAAAAGGGGCGAGGAAGAAGAGGUGGUUGAUCGGUUGGCUCUUCGAACGCUUGGUGGUGCGUCGCUAUGGGACCAUCCUUGGAUGUUUCAGAUGCAGCCGCCAUCACGGGGCCUCGCAUCGCGGCCGUGAAUCAAAGGUACGACACUUGAACAGUCGACGAUCGAGCUCCAUUCACCGAGGGCAACCAUCUUCGAAGAGGAUCAAACCACGCGGGAGGAAGAGGAAUGGUCCCUUGGGCCUUUGGCGUCCCUCUCGUCCUCGUUUCUGCUUUGGGUCUUUUCCUAAACGGUUACGUACUCCUCGUGGUUCUCGGGCUGGGUAAACAGACGCAGCAGCAACAAACCGCCAAUACUUUGUUGUUGAUACACUUGGGCGCGGUGGAGGCGGCUGUGUGCCUCAUAUUACUGAUCUUUACCACUGGUUCCUGGCCAAUCGCCGGCACCUGGUGCGUCCUACACGGUUUCCUUUUGGCUCUCUUACAUCCGGUCGCUCUCUGGACCGUGACUGGAUUGAAUUGCGACAGAUAUUACGCGAUCGCGGCACCCCUGCAUUACGCCGCAUUGGUAUCACCUCGACGCGUUGCAGUCGGCCUAGCUGCAUCUUGGACAGGGGCAUUGCUCUUGUGCGUGCUGCCCUUCUGGGGCCUGGUACCACCUUACAGAUACAGCCCGGGCCUCGGUUGCUGCGCGCCAGACUUCGGCAACGACUCGUGGGGCUUGGCCGCGGCCCUCUACGGGGCCGUUUACGCGAUCCUGGGCCUGGCUCUGCCCGCGGUCCUCGUAACCGUGUGCAAUUUGCGCGUGCUCGGGAUCGCCCGUUACCACAGGCACCGAAUCGCCAGCGCGAUUUACGAGGUGACGUUGAGCGCGCAGGCGACCAUCACCCAUCAGCGGAACCCGUUUUUCGUACCCACUGUCACGGCGCCUUCGGUCGUCAGCCCGCCCCGAUUUCACAGCGCGGCCAAAACGGUGAUGCAACUAGUCGGCUCUCUUUACUUGCUUUAUUUCCCCUAUUGCGGACUGAUUCUUUGGGAAGUUUGCGACGUUGGCAAUCGGCAGUAUCUCUACAACCAUACGAAACUCGCUUCGCUGGCUUCCCUUCUCCUCGCCUGUUCUCCGCCCAUCAACGGCCUCCUCUACGGAUUAAAAUCGCAGACACUUAGACGAUCGGUGCAGAAUUAUUGGCGGAAGAAGGCGACCAAGUCGGAGCUGCAACAAGAGAUCCAAGCGCGAACACCGAGCGCGGCGGGGUCGAGAAGACCGUCCGGAAGCGGAACCGGCUCUUUCUUCCCUUUCCCGCCGUUGCAGCGAAGGCUCAGCGAGGCGCUGCUCGCGUUGGGAUCCUGCAGAACAGGAAACAGCUUCGACACCAAUAAUCUCGGCUUUCAUCGAACCAGAUUGCAACCCGCCGCUUCGUGUAAUACGCUUCGAGUCCCAACUUCCGAAUCAGGUGAAAGCAGUAAAUUAGUGAGGUCCAGCGCGAGUGCAGCGAGCCUGAUGGGCCCUCACUACAGAAGCGACUUCAUAGGCGCGGAUGUGGGCGUCGGUUGCUCCAUAGCGAUGAACGAGACACCGAGGAGAAGCCCUAGAAUACUUAUAACCAGAGCGUGCAGCGAGGAUAGCCAAGAUGGUGGAAGUCCAAUGCUGAGGAAACCUUUUCUAGUCAAUGCUCUUCCCUGUGAUAAACGAAGAUGGCGGCAUUGCAGUACCGGAAGCGACAGCAGCACGGGCAGCAGUGAGGCGAGCGUAUGGACGACUGGCGUCGCGCAGAAACUCGCCAAGGCCAAUGCCAAGAGUUCAUCGGACAUGUGGUCCGCAUCGAGAAGACUCGUUCGUGGAAAAAAUUUAGAGGAGGGGGCCCUUCUGGUUGGCGCCAGACCCAGCAAUAACAGUGAGAGCAGCGAUACCACGGACACGACGGCCACCACAACCACCACGACCAUGCCCAGCAAAUUGACCACCGUGGAAAACGGAGGCUGUCGGGAGAAAGAGAAGGAAAAGAUGAACGGUGGGAAGAAAGAGAGGGAGCACAGCGAAAGCGACAACAGUUGGAGCAGCGUCGACGAGAUCGAGUCGAAGGAAAUGGCGGACAAGAGCAUGGAAGAGGAUAAUUUCGAGACGAUCGAGGAGGAAACAGAGGCAGAAAAGUGCAACCAAUUAAGGCGGAAAUCGAAAACGAUUCGCAAACCGGACGUUCCUCAGGAUUGCAAGAAGACAGCUCAAAGAAGGCCACUUCUCACCUCGUCGUCUUAAGUUCCAUCGAACUUGUCAUUUCUCACCGUUUCGAAUUUAUUAGCAUUUUCUCCUCCAUAAUUUUGUAUCGGUGUGUAUCAUCCGACACACCGAUUUCUCAACGUGUUCGAAAUCCUUUCGAGACCACUUGGUGAUAUCCCAAGUUUGGAUCAAAGGAUUCUGUUAUUCUUUCGAGGAUUCAAUAUCGAUUUUCAGAUUGGCCCCUGAUCAAUGGUGAUCCAUACACAAUAACCACGGAGAAGAAGUUGGUCGUGUUUCUGUAUGCUCGAUAUUUCAGCCGCAAUGUAUCGACAUAUCCUGAAAUUAUAUUUUUAUACUUCCAACGAAGGAAAUCACGAGAGCAACGUUAACGAGAGAAAAUUCGCGGUCUUCUUACGGUUAUCGCAAGAAAAACCGAUUUAAUACACCGCGGAUAAAUCUCAAAUGGAAAAUUCGAUCCCUUUUAUGGAAAGAAAAGAAAGUUGAUCGUCGCAAUAUAUGUAUAUGUAUAUAUAUAUAUAUAAAAGUUACAGACACUUAAAGAAGUAUUGCCAUCGUGUUAAUGUUAAGAAGUGAUGGCCAAUAAUUUCUCCCAUCGAGUUUGAUGAUGUUCCUAAUUAAUGGGUUUGUAAAAGACAGAAAUUUGACAGAGCAAAUAUUAAAUAUUGAUGAAAAUUAAUUUAACCGUUUAAAUUAGGGCAUAAUUUGAUCGAAUAAAUAAAUAAACGUGUGAAAUUGAUGUUCAUUUGCAGUUUAAUAUGGGAUAAUAUUUCUAUUUGAUAUCUUCAGGGAUACGUAUAAUUUUUCAUUCUUUUUUCUUUUUUUUUUUUCAAGAAAAAUGAAAGUGAUUAAUAGAAAAAAAUAAAUAUCUAGAGAAUAAGAUAUUAGGAUAUAAUUUUUGAAAAACUUUCGAAGAAUCAUCCCUGACGAUGAUUACGAGGAUUGGAACUGUAAAUGGGAAUGAGGAAGUUGGCGAGAGGGAGUCAUCGAAAAAAUUUAAUCAUUGAUGCGUAGAUCAGUUAAUGUGGGCGGUCGUUGAUGCGAGUCUAUUGAUAGCAAACGAUAAGCUACGUUGAUACACUAUACACGAGAAGAGAUACAAGAGUUAUCAAAGAGUGACGAAUCGGACACUUUUUACCUAGCAAAUUUGUACAAUCAAUGGCCAACCACCGUGUCUUUGCACCGACACGGUGGAUUUAUUUGCAAUUAGGUGUAGCAAACAAAAUCACCUAAA